AGGGACAGUUUUCCAAAUGUUUUUAGGCUGAAAUAAUGGGGUAUUGCUUAGAUCUCGCAAUAAUUAAUAGGAUACAGGAAAAUAAAUUAAAAUAUUUAAAAAAGUAAACAGAAUGUAUGAAAACUUAUAAUAUUAUGAACAAUUAAUUGACCAAUAUUUAUAUAAAUAAUAUAUAUAUCACUUUAAAUGCUAUUAUUAAACGAAAACACAGGAAUACAACAUGGUCCAUGAGCAAUUACGGGGUAUAAGUUGAGCAAGGAGUGUAUGAUGAAUAGGUAAAGGAGGGAAACAAUUAGAAAGUAUGGGAGGCGUUGCUUGGACCGAAGAAGAAGAUCAGUUGCUCAAGAAAUGUAUAGAGCGUUAUGGAGAAGGGAAGUGGCAUCGGGUACCUCUUUUGGCUGGUCUAAACAGGUGUCGUAAAAGCUGUAGACUGAGAUGGCUAAACUACCUACGCCCAAACAUCAAAAGAGGAACCUUUGCAGAAGAUGAAGUUCAGCUCAUCAUUAAGCUUCACAAGCUCCUCGGAAACAAAUGGUCAUUGAUAGCUGGGAGACUCCCAGGAAGAACAGCAAAUGAUGUAAAGAAUUAUUGGAACUGCCACCUGAGCAAAAAGCUCAACAAUGCUCAAGAAACCGAAGAGGAAUAUCAAAAUGGCAUGAAAAUGGAAACCCUAAAACCCCAGCCACGAUGCAGUGCAAUGACGGGCUCAAUUAAACCAAGAACCCAAGAUCAUUUUGCUCCUAAGAACCAGCCAACAAUACAAGAAAGCACCAUGCCCACACCUUUCAACUUCGCUGAAGUUGAUAAACAACAAGGCCACGAAAUUGUGAAAGAAGAAGAAGACAUCAAAGAGGAGGCUGCAGUUGGUGUGUUUUUUGGUGAUUUGGCAACGGAAGAUCAUCAGUUUGGGCAGCUUGAUGAAGUUAACGUAUUGAGUAGUACUAAUGAAGGAUGCAGCAAAUGGGAUUGGGAUGAUUUGAUGUUAGACAUGGAUUUAUGGACUGAUUCAUUGUGAAAUGUGAUUUUCCUUAAGUGGUAACAAUCAGAAUAUUUCAACUUCAUAUAUGAAUGCAUCGUUAUGUUAUUUGGGUUUGAAGGACUUAGCUGCAUGAACAUUAGGAAAAUAUAAAUAAAAUCCGAAUGUUGUCUUUCAAAUUAUUGAAUUCUUGUGUAUCCAAUUAAAAGAGAACG